UUACAUGUACCAUCGAAGGGGUUUCUCUUAACAACGCCUUGCCAUUGUCUCACACAGCAACGACCCUUUAUUUUGCAGGAUGUACAGCAAUGUAGUAAACAAGAAAAAUCAAGGACGCUGAGAAAUUAGGUGUGAAACAUUAUACUUCCAGGUCACCAGGCAUUUUGGCGUUUCUUUACGAGAACAUCUUGUAAGACUGUCAAUCAGAUUUAAAACGUAUUUGUGUUGCUAUGCACCAUAAUACGAUAUUGUGUUUUUUUUUCAAAAGAAGUCAACCAACGCAUAUCCGGGACACAUAGAAGAGAGGGUUGAAGACGGCUGAUCUCUGGUCGGGAGAUAGGCGUACUUUUAGGUCAAGGUCGGCCGUAAGACAUAAAGUGACGAAAUCACCCAGAUAUGUGGCGUUUGCAGAUUCUCGUCGGGUUUCUCAUCAUUUUCUCAAAGUUCGGCGGUACGCUGGCCUGUGAGAGCGGCUGGACGGAGUACCGCGGCGCGUGCUUCAAACUCUUCACAGAACCCGCCACGGGGGAGGCGGCACAGAGCUCUUGCGGUGAUGCUGCCGCAUCUGUUGUGAAGCCGAAGACGUUCGGUAUCCAGGCCCUGGUGCAGGGGAUGAUGAUCGGGCAGGCCGAGGGCGACUCUUGGCUCAGUAUGCUUCACACCGGUGAUUCCGGUGGUUGGACGUACCUGGAUGGUACACCGGUAGGCGAUUGUGAUUGGACGAACUGGGGCCCGGCGUCCAAUGGCGAGCUCAGCUCCAACGAUGCAGCUGACGGAGAACAGUGUGCUCUAAUGACCGGCGCUACAGGAUGGGGUUGGGAGGACACCUCUUGUUGGAGUCUAGGGCGUUACAUCUGUCAGGCUGGUGACGUCACUGGAAUUUCAGACGAUUCAUGUGGUAACGCGUCAGUAAUCAACACGCCCUGUCCCUCCGGGUGGACGGCGGGACCGGGAGAUCUCUGCUACAAGGUGUCGGCGACAGUCGCGACCUUCGCGGACGCAGAGGCGGACUGUGCCUCCCAGGGCGCCAGGCUGGCCGCUCCGUACGAUGAGAGGACUCACCAGUUCAUCGCGGGGAUGGCCAUGUUGGUCAACCCCAAUUCAGAUCACUGGAUCGGCAUCAUCAUGACCCAUCCGUGGCUGUCGGGCGUGGUGGAACUACUAGCUGAGUCGUUUGGGUUUUCAGACGGCCUCGAAUUGGACAUAUGUGGGUACACGAACUUUAAGACCGGCCAUCCCGGACAGGACGUGUGUUGUGGCUACAUGGACUCUACUGACGGCUACAAGUGGGGGUUCGGUGGGACUGACCCGGACCUGGAGCUGCACUACGUGUGUCAGAUGGAUAACGAUACGAUGUACAUCUGCGAAGCGAACUCGGACAGCGUGACUCCGGUUGAACCCUGUCCAGUGAAUGAGUUCGCGUGUCCGUGCAGUGGGCAGUGCUGUAUCGUCGACUACUGGGUCUGUGAUGACUUUGACGACUGUCUGGACUACAGCGAUGAGGCAGUCUGUCAAGUAGAGGGCGAGGGUGUGUGGCUCUACGUGCAGGACGCCUGGGUGCUGGAGUGGAUAGGGGAUGACGGUCCUGCAGCUGUAGAUAUCAACAGGCAGAGCAUUUGGAACGCAAUAGGACAGGAUCGAUACUACAACAAUUGGUACAUCAUUAUAGACUUUCAGAUUCCCCACUCUAUCCAGCAUGUCCGCAUCAUAAACUACGGUGACCUGUGGCACGAUGUGACGGCCUUCCGUCUGGACGCCUCUCCCACCGCCGAGCCCUACCAGUGGAACACGAUCUACUACAACGGCAGCGUCGAAGUUCAGCACUCCAUCCCGCAGGUUUUCAGCGGCUUCUCGGGGUCCGGCCGCUACUGGAAGUUCACCGCUAUGGAGACCUAUGAGGGCUGGCAGCCAUGGCUUAAGGACGUGAAGUUUCAUGGAUACUUAAUCAUACCUGAAACCACCACAUCGUCUGCUCCUACAACCAUUCCCGUGGCAACGACCACCAUGCCGUCAGUAACGACCGUCCCUGCAGCACCGCCGGUGCCUACAACGCCAGAACCACUGGCGACGACAGGUCCAGCAAUCUUCACCACCCUUCGGAACAACUCCACCACUCUGCCGCCCAUGGCACCACUUAGCAACGCCACCCAGCGGAUGGGAGCGGGUGGAGCAGCCGCGGCUAACACGGGUGGAGCCUCCGGAGGGGCAGUGGCGGGCGGCGUGGUGGGAACUCUGGCUGUUGUAGGAGUCGGUGGCGCCGUGGCAGGAUAUCUUCUGUACAAGAAGAAGCAAGUAGUGGUGGAGCCUAAAGCCUAGCGAGUUAUUCUACGACUGUAGUAUCGCAUAGUAAUGUGACACUAUGCAAUUUACUAUGCACUAUGCACUGCAAACCAAUUUAGAUGGGCUUGGAUGUA